AUGUCAUCUAAGUUGAUUAAUUCCUAUCCUACUCCAGACGAUCCUCAUGUUACUCGAUGGAUGGCUCACAUGAUCAGAAAUCCAUAUGAAGCUGACAUCCGUACCUUUAAUCCAAAAGGAGUCCAAGAUACUUUUUAUGCUUAUGGUGAAGAGCCUAAUGAAGUUGCUUUUGAACUUGAGCCUACUAUUUCUGAGCAUAAUUUGGAUUUGGAACAAAUGAAAUCUCUCAUGGUCCUUUUGCUGGUGAGUCCCAAUAUACUCAACAUUCUCAACCACCUAUUCAAAACAAUUGAAAUCUCUCCUGGUCCUAUUGCUGAUCAAUUGGAAAAAGAUAUUGUUGAUAUCAAAGUGGAUGUUUCCUCUAUCAAAAGAGUUAUUUUUCCAUCUUCUACAAAUGAUCCAUCUAGAGCCCCACCUCCACCUCUAGCACCACCAUCCAAUGAUCAACAACCUCCAAAGGAUGGAUCCUCUGCACCAUCAUCUCAUCCUCCUUCUCAUGAAAAUUUUUCAAUGGAUGUCUCAACAAAAGAUUCUACUCCUCCACUAUCUCCGCCUGCUACUACUGGUCCUGUAAAUGAUAAUGUCAAAAAAAGGAGUUCAAAAUCAUGUAUAUAUGUUUCUAUAGAUUAUUAUGGUGAAUCUUAUGCAUCCCUUGAUCAAGAUGAAAAGGGUUCUCUAGACCUUGGCUUUCUUGGUAAUUCUAUUCACACUUCUAUUCCACUUGUUGUGGUUUUUCCAACUAGUUAUCAGGUUGAGGGGGAGUCUCAGCCUCAGGGGGAGUCUCAGCCCCAGGGGGAGCAACAUGUCAAUAGUGACAUUGAAUUAAAUGAUGAUCAAUCCCUCUCUAGAAAGUGUAAGUAUUCAGUCUCAAAAUCUAAAUCUGUCAAACAAAGAAAAGGUCCCAAGGUUAUAAAGCUCUCUGAUGUAUUUGUUGAUUGGGGACUAUCUAAAGAAGAUGUUAGAGCUUUUGAUGCUAAGCAUAUUGAUGUUGCACGAGACAACAUUCAUCUAAGGAAAUCAACUCCAAAAAUUACUUCCACUGAUGAAUUAUUUGUUGAUAAUAUGGUUGCAAUGAAACAUUUUGAUGAUGAGGUUGAAAAGAAAAGAAGGUUGCAUAUAUUCUCAUAA